AUGUCGGAUUACUGCUCUCCCAAGUACCAGAGCGGAGACCUGGUGUUCGCCAAGUUAAAGGGCUAUGCCCACUGGCCAGCCAGGAUCGAGCACAUGGCCGAACACAACCGGUAUCAAGUGUUCUUCUUUGGGACCCACGAGACUGCCCUCCUGGGCCCCAAACACCUCUUCCCCUACAAGGAGUGCAAGGAGAAGUUUGGCAAGCCCAACAAGAGGAGGGGCUUCAGCCAGGGGCUGUGGGAGAUCGAGAACAACCCCACCAUCCAGGUCUGCGAUGGCCAAAGCCCCCAGGAGAAGAGCAGGUCUGAAGGGCCAGAGCUAGGGCCGCAGCCUGAGGCCUCCGAGACCACUGAGGCCCAGAAGAGCGGUGCCCGUGGCGUAGAUGAGAACGGCGAGCUCGGCGUAGAUGAGCUGGCCCAGGAGCAGGAUGAGGUGGGUCCGCUGAAGCGGAUCGCAGAGGAAGUGCUGGAGGUCGCCCCCAAACGUCCCAAGGAGUCCGACCCAGAAGGCGAAGAGGAGAAGGUGGCAGCUGCCUGCGAGGCUGCGAGGCCGCUCCUGGUGGAGGCACUGGAGCCAGGCCCUGCCUGGGGGCCACCAGAGGAAGAGGGGGAGCAUCAGGAAGAAGCUCCCGAGGUGGAGGAGGAGGCUGAGGUCCCGGGCGAUGGAGGUCCGGAGAGCCUGUAG